AUGGGAAAUUUGCCUGGACACCGUGUGCAACCAGCUCGACCAUUUCUCAGCACUGGAGUUGAUUAUUGUGGCCCAAUAUGGGUUCAUUACAAAACAAGAGGCAAGCGUCCACAAAAGGCGUAUAUCGCUGUCUUUUGCUGUUUUGCAACCAAGGCCGUACACUUAGAACUUGUGACUGAUCUGACCACAGAUGCAUUCAUUGGAGCAUUAAAACGCUUCAUAGCAAGACGAGGACGCUGUAAAACGUUAUACUGCGACAAUGCGACCAACUUCGUUGGAGCGAAAAACAAGUUGCAGGAACUUACUGACGUCAUCUACGCUGAUCAAGCGAGGGAAUCAAUUGCAGGAAUGUGCAGUACGAAAGGCAUAGAAUUUCACUUCAUUCCACCAAGGUCACCACACUUCGGCGGGUUAUGGGAGGCAGCAGUAAAAUGUGCCAAAUAUUUGCUGGUCAAAAAUGUUUCAACAGCAUCACUAACAUAUGAAGAGCUUGAAACUGUCGUUAUUGAAGUUGAAGCAGUGUUGAACUCGCGACCCCUUAUUCCUAGCUCAUCAGAUGCAAACGAUUUGAACGCAAUAACUCCAGGUCAUUUUUUAAUAGGUGAAGAAAUCACUUCAAGCGUUGAUGUGCAUGCACGUGACUCUAAAGAAAAAUUACUUAAACGAUGGCAACUGGUACCAGAGCUAAAACACAGUUUUUGGCAGCGCUGGACUAAGGAGUAUCUAAGCGAAUUGCAACAGCGCCACAAGUGGAAGGGUCCAAUCACGAACAUACAGACCAAUACGAUGGUAAUCCUUAAAGAAGACAAUGUCCCAGUUCUGCAAUGGCCUUUGGGACGCAUCAUCAAGGUUUACAAAGGCGAAGAUGGUUUAGUGAGAGUUUGUGACAUUCAAACAAAAAAGGGAGUAUUUAAAAGACCGGUACACAGAUUAGCUCCAUUAUUUCCUGAAGACGAUAAAUUAGAAGAUCCAACCUUUGGAAAAAUGACUAAAAGAAAAAUCGAAUCAGAACAGACUCAAGAAACUCCAAGGUCACCUCCCGUGGUUACUUCAAUGCAGGCAUCGAUCACCAGAUUUAACCUAUCUGUAGGAUGGACAAAACAAUAUGCGAGCAAUAACAUCAGCGUCAAAUCAUUGUUACCCUCAAUCCAUAAGCUUGAACUUAUUCAACGAAAAUUAGGCCACAUCCAGAGUUCCAGUUUUCCAACUGAUGCUAUUAGUUCAGGGACAUAUAGUCUAAUAACCAGCUACGUUGCAUUAACAAUGUUUCUAUGUGUCGCUAGUGCACUAAUAUAUAUAUGGCGAAGGCAAAAAAUCACCCAUCAAACACCUCCAAUACCGAUGCCACGACAACAACAGAUGACCGAGGAUACAGCAUGUUGA